UAGACUUUAGAUUAAAAGCAAAGUUAUGUCCGAAAUAAUAAAAUAUUACAGAAUGCGUUGGAAUGGAUGAAGGCUUUGAUUUGAUUGGCGCUGCUUUAAGUGCCAGUGGGAUCGACCUUGAAGCUGAAGUUUAUGAUGUAUCGAACGGUAUCAGUAAUGGAUUGAAUGGAUCUAGGGAACUUGCAACAAAGGCGUAUCAAGGUGGUGGUGGCUUGAUGAAAACAGAUGAACUUCCUGACUUUGACGACCUCAUGGGAGGAACUCAAAACAAUUAUUCACAGAGCAGAUUGGGUUUCCCUUCUGAAACAUCUCCAUUUGUCCAUGGAACAACGCCUAUGAGAGAAACUUCAAUGUACUCAAAUGGCCUGGAUUACAUGAAUAAUGGGCUCGUAAAUUUAUCAACUGUGCAGUACAACCCACAAAUCUCCAAUGGAUAUAACCCGGGAAUGAUGAUGCCCAGUACCCAACAACAACUCCAUCAACAGCAGCAAUAUCAAAACCAAAUAAAUAAUUUGAACUGGAUGAAUCAAAACAGACCGGGGAUUUUACCCUCGAAGAAUAUUGGGAGCCCCCCGAUGAUGAAUGGUGCCAUGAUUUCCCAUCAAAAUUCACUGCCGAUGGCAAUGUCACCACAUUUCACGGGUGAAGAAGGUCCUUCAGCCUUCAUGCAACAGCGAGUGUCUCCACUCAUGAUGCAGACACAGCAACAGAUUGGGACCCACCAUCCCUCGCAACCAUAUCCAGCAGCAGUCAUGAAUGGAAACAGCUUCACAUCAUCACUUCCUUCGCCUCUAGCAUCGACGCCGUCACCAAUUGCGAUGUCAAAUAUGAACAACCAACACCCGAAUUCAAACUAUAUGGCUUUUUCGAAUGAGGCAAUGAAAGCCGAUACCUCCAAGCCGAAAGCUCCUCUGAAAGAAAACUCAGUUGAAGACAAUGCAGUAGAAGAGGAGGAAACCAUGACUCACGCAGAAACCUUUGCCAACUACCACCCUGCUAAACUGAAACUAGGGCAACUUCAUCCAGAUCCAGUUGUGGAAACGAGUUCGCUUUCAAGUGUCCAACCGCCGAGAAUAUUUUACGAACUGGCUCUACCGGAGGCGACUAUAGACUCUGGCUCUAUUUCCGCGCUGCAAUUGGAGUCAGUCGUCUAUGCGUGUCAAAGGCAUGAGAGGUUCCUUGCGGAUGACAGACGAGCGGGGUUCCUGAUUGGCGACGGAGCAGGAGUGGGAAAGGGACGAACUAUUGCUGGAAUUAUUUUCGAGAAUUACCUUCUGGACAGGAAGAAAGCCUUAUGGGUUUCGGUUUCAAAUGAUUUGAAAUACGAUGCUGCACGCGAUCUGAAAGAUAUUGGGGCCAUUGACAUACCAGUAUACUCUCUGAACAAAUUCCGCUACGCCAAAAUAUCCAGCAAGGAAAACGGAUCUAUCAAGAAAGGCGUGGUAUUUUCAACAUACUCAUCUCUAAUAUCAGAGUCAUCACGUCGUAAUAACAAAAUAAAGAGUCGACUGAAUCAGCUGGUGCAAUGGUUUAAGUCCGAUUUUGAUGGAUGUAUUAUUUUUGACGAAUGCCACAGAGCCAAAAAUUUGGUCCCAACCGGGGGAUCGAAGCCAACAAAAACUGGCCAAGUUGUGUUGGAAAUCCAGAGACUGCUGCCUAAAGCGAGAAUUGUGUAUGCCAGUGCUACGGGUGCGAGUGAGCCCAAAAAUAUGGCCUAUAUGACCCGGCUGGGUUUGUGGGGUCCGGGGACGCCCUUCAAAGACUUCAACCAGUUUAUUCAGGCUGUAGAGCGGAGAGGUGUUGGUGCUAUGGAAAUUGUCGCCAUGGACAUGAAGCUGCGGGGAAUGUAUCUGGCGCGUCAAUUGAGUUUUGCUGGUGUCAGUUUCAAAAUCGAGGAGGUGCCCCUCUCUCCUGACUUUGAGCGCAUGUACAAUGACUCCGUGGCAUUAUGGGUCAAGGCGCGUGAGUUCUUUUGUAAAGCGGCUGCAUAUAUCAAUGAUGACGAAACAAUAAGGACGACAUGUUCAAAAAUGAUGUGGGGUCAGUUCUGGUCGUCGCACCAGAGGUUCUUCAAGUAUCUAUGUAUAGCCUCGAAAGUGCGUCACGUGGUCACAAUAGCGAGACAUGGCCUGAAGAACGGAAAGUGUGUGGUGAUUGGACUACAGAGCACAGGAGAGGCCAGAACUCUGGAACAGAUCGAGGCUAUGGGAGGAGGCACUGCUGGCGGUGGAAAUGACCAACUGGACGAUUUCGUCUCCACCGCGAAGGGCGUGUUUCAAGCCUUGGUCGAAAAGUACUUUCCCUGCGUGGACAAUGGUUUCGGAGCCGACAGUGGAGUAGGGGAUCUAGAUGACUACUUAUCACCAACAGGUAGCAAACGAAAAAGGGGUAGACCGAAAGAAAAGGGAAUUGUACUCGGCAGCAAAAAGACGCCGAAGCCGUUUUCGGCUGAUUUCAAUUCGGACGAAGAGGACCCUAGUAUGAGUGAUUAUGAGAGGCAUUUCCUCGAAAAUGACGAGUUCGACAACAGCGGAUCCGAGAGAUAUGACAACUCAGAAAUUGACAAUGACGACAUUGAUGAUGUCGAAGAUGACGAUGAGCUUGACCAGGACGAGGAUGAUGACGCUAAUCCGUUUGCUACGAAUAACUCAGACGGAGAAGAUGAAUGUCCUUGGCUCAAGAAGAAAAAGAACGUCCCCCAAUCGACCAAAAAGACUCUUAAUGGAGAGAGAAAGAAAAAAAGGAAGUGGGAAGAGCACGAAGACGAUAGAGACUCCGCGUUCUCAAAUCCAUCAAAUAAGAAACGGAAAAACAACACAAUUUCUAUGUCGACGGGCUACCAAGGAGUCAAUAAUCAGAAUUUGUCGCGUAUAAACAAUGGGGGAGGGGCUACCAGUCCAGCAGAGGCAGCCAAAUUGUGCACCUCUAUGCGAAAUGAACUCCUUCUUAUGCUGGACAGAUUGGAGUCAAGUCUGCCUGCGAAUACUCUGGAUCAGCUCAUUGACGAACUAGGGGGCACGGAGAACGUAGCAGAGAUGACCGGAAGAAAGGGACGCGUUGUGAGCAAUGACGCCGGAAACAUCCAGUACGAGAAGAGGUCGGAGGCCAUGGUUUCUCUAGAAGUCAUCAAUGUUACAGAGAAAAAGAGAUUCAUGGAUCUCGAAAAAAGGGUUGCGAUCAUAAGUGAGGCUGCCAGCUCUGGAAUUUCACUUCAAGCGGACAGGCGUGCCAAAAAUCAGCUCCGACGCAUCCACAUUACAAUGGAGCUACCGUGGUCCGCGGAUAGAGCCGUACAGCAGUUCGGCAGAACCCACCGAUCAAAUCAAGUCCAUGCCCCGGAAUAUCUUUUAGUCAUCUCGGAACUAGCCGGCGAGAGGAGAUUCGCUUCAGUUGUUGCGAAGCGUCUCGAAUGUUUGGGGGCUUUGACACACGGGGACAGAAGAGCGACCGAACACCAAGAUCUUAGCAGUUUCAAUAUUGAUAACAAAUAUGGCCGUAUUGCACUAGAUGACGUGUACGCAAGUGUUUUACUCGCAGAACCGUGCAAAGUGCAGCCACCAAAAAGCUUCAAAGGCAAAGACUUCUUCAAAGAGAUGCAAAAAUGUCUCGUGGAUGUCGGCUUGUGUGAGAAAACGCAAUCUGGUCAACUAAUUUUAGACAAAGAUGCUAGCACGAUUGCUAAGUUCCUGAACAGGAUCCUGGGCAUGCCAGUGAAGCACCAGAAUGCACUGUUUGAGCAUUUCACAAACACUCUGGAUGCAAUCAUUUUGGAGGAGAAGAAGAUGGGCAAAUUCGAUCUGGGCAUUCUAGAUUUGGGCAAGAAUGGGGAACAUAUCACUAAGCGCAAGAUAGAGACAUUCCGAUCUGAGUAUCAAGACAGCACCUACUGUGAGCUGUACGAAGUGUGUGUAGAGAGGGGCGUGUCAUAUGACGAGGCUUUGAAGAAGUACAAUCAGGCCAAUAUGGGCGAAAGUGAGAACGAGGGCUUCUAUGUCGACAAGAUAGUGCACGGGACUCAGACGAAGAAAGUGGUUUUGGUCAGUGCUGUCAGAAUGAACAACAAGAAGGUGCUGUACACGGUAACUAGGCCUAACGUGGGAGUUCUGGCCAAACUGGAGACGGCGGAGAGUGUGCGGGAAGUAAUGAAGAAGGUGGAGCCCACUCAGGCCAAGUCCCUCUGGCACAAACUGCACUCACUCUCAGAGGCGGUUUGCAGUCACAACAUGUAUCAUGGCAGCUGCAGACGUCUGAAUUGUGACGUGGGCAAGCGGAUGAGGAAACUGUACGUGUUAAGUGGCAGUGUGUUAUCUGUGUGGAACAAAGUGGAGACCAUGUUAGCCCAGGUGACCAACAGUAAGAUGCAAGUGAUCAGAUUGAAGACGAGCGACAACCAGAAGGUAGUGGGUCUCCUCAUUCCAGUCACAGCCAUCCAGAAACUCAAGGAAGCACUCACUACAUAGCCAGGCAAAAUCGAAAACUACUUGUUUAUUUUAUAAUACCAGCAACAAAAAAACGGUUUAUUUAUAAUGAAAUGCUGCAUUUGGCCAUUUUUUGUCAUUUUGGAAGCGAUUAUAUGAUGUCAAUUGCAAAGGAUCAGAUUCCGUUGAAAUUGUUGUUAGUUUGUUAAGGAAAAUGGAUGUUGAGAUUUGUUUGAAUAGUAAAAAUAUAUAUUGGGUUUUUGCAUGGCCAAAUGGAUAUAAGUUGUUUACUAUACUAGAGCAAUAAUAAAUAGAAAUGGGUCGUUUGAUAGUCUCUUAUUAUGACGCUUUUAGUUCUGUUAAGUUGAGGUUUAUACAGUAUCUAGACAUUUCUCUCCGAUCUCUGAAUCUGUUGAGACUUUUAAGAGUAGUUUCAUACACCGUUACUUAAAGCACUGGUCGAAAAAAAUAAUGGAGCCACGAUGAUGAUUUUUACUCCUGUACAUGAAAAAUCUAGAGUCAAUUCUGUGAAACUAUAUGGUGCAAUUUUUAAAAGAGCAAGUUCGACGAAUUUAAAGCAAUGCAAUAGAUCCUAAAUGAUAUGUAGAAAUGUUUUAAAUUUUGCUUCCGAUUAUUUCCGAUUUUCAAUUGAUUUUAAGUUGAUCUACUUUAGUUGUUUUCCGAGUUAGUUGAGUUCAUAUUUUGCAAUGAACAUUUCACGCAGUUUUAAAUUUCGGCCACGAUGCUUUACUAUUGCCUGUGCUAAGUGCUGCAAAUAUCCAAUUAUAACGUUCACCAGAUGACACUAUACUACUACUACUAUUGGGAUUUAAGUUUGGGUGCAUAGUUUGUUGCUAUCUGAAGUAAUAUUCAUCAGAAUAAUAUUUCUUUGUUUUACUUCUCAAUAUACGAAUAUUUAUGAAUAUCGCAAUAAUAGAUUUACUUUGAAAAUACUAGA